AUGUCCCUCCCCGACAUUGUCACCAACCCCGACGCUGUCCUCGGCGACAAGGUCGCCUGGCGCUUCAAGCGUGCGCCCAACUACUCCAAGACGCGCAAGUGGUACGAGGAGACCAAGUUACACAACCACGAGCCAGGGUCGCUGCCCAACCUCGUCGAGAACCUCGUCAAGAACUGGGAGAUUGAGGCGUCCUUCAAGACCAACUUUGACGAGUGGCGCACCGUCGUCCAGGACAAGUACAAGUUCUACUUCAAUGGCGGCGAGGCCAAGACCGGGCCGGAGAUGCUCAAGGUCGGGACGUACAACGCCCUCCUCACCGCCACUGAGUUUUAUGACCCCGAGAAGAACGACUUCACCGCCUCUCACAAGAGCUUUAAGCGCAUGAUGCCCGUCUUUGCUUGGGAGGUCGUCGAGGUGUACUCUGGCCCACCCGUUGUUGCCAUGAAGUGGCGCCACUGGGGCGAGAUGAAGAACGACUAUGUCGGGUUCAACGCCGAGGGCAAGAAGGUCCGCGUUAAGGCGCACGGCGGGCUGCUUGACAUCGAGGGAAUCCUCAUCGCCACCGUCAACGACAAGCUGCAGGCUGAGAAGCUCGAGGUGUGGAUGGACCCCAGGGCCAUGUGGAACGAGGUGACCAAGACGGGCAACAAGCUCAUCAUUGAGGACGCUUCGAAGCACUCGGACGGUGACGAGAAUGAAGAGGAGACCCGGUGCCCCAUCACGGGUCAGACUGGGGUUGCGCCGCACUAG